GAGCCGCAAGGACCGGAGGACCGCCGGGCGGAGCGCAGCUGGCGAAGUCCGGCUGCCGGGAGCGGGGAGAGGACCGCGAGGAGCAGCCCCACCGGCUCCGGCCACCGCUGCGUGUCCGCGGCCGCGCCGCCCGACCAUGCUGCUGCCCCGGCUCUGCUGGCUGCCGCUGCUCGCGGGGCUGCUCCCGCCGGCGCCCGCGCAGAAGUUCUCGGCGCUCACGUUUCUGAGAGUCGAUCAAGACAAAGACAAGGACUGCAGCCUGGACUGCGCGGGCUCCCCCCAGAAGUCCCUCUGUGCGUCCGACGGCAGGACCUUCCUGUCCCGCUGUGAGUUCCAGCGCGCCAAGUGCAAGGACGCUCACCUGGAGAUCGCCUACCGCGGGAACUGCAAAGACGUGUCCAGGUGUGUGGCCGAGAGGAAGUACACCCAGGAGCAGGCCCGGAAGGAGCUGCAGCAGGUGUUCAUCCCGGAGUGCAACGAUGACGGCACCUACAGCCAGGUCCAGUGUCACAGCUACACGGGAUACUGUUGGUGUGUCACACCCAACGGAAGGCCCAUCAGCGGCACCGCCGUGGCCCACAAGACACCCCGGUGCCCCGGUUCCGUAAACGAAAAGUUACCUCAGCGGGAAGGCACAGGAAAAACAGAUGAUGCUUCUGCCCCUGCACUGGACACUCAGCCUCAAGGAGACGAAGAAGAUAUCGCGUCGCGUUACCCUACGCUUUGGACAGAGCAAGUUAAAAGUCGACAGAACAAAACCAGCAAGAACGCAGUGUCCUCGUGUGACCAGGAGCAGCAGUCGGCCCUGGAGGAGGCCCGGCAGCCCAGAAACGACAACGUGGUGAUCCCCGAGUGCGCACACGGCGGCCUGUACAAGCCGGUGCAGUGCCACCCGUCCACGGGCUACUGCUGGUGUGUCCUGGUGGACACCGGGCGCCCCAUUCCGGGCACCUCCACCAGGUAUGAGCAGCCGAAAUGUGACAACACCGCCAGGGCGCACCCGACCAAAGCGCAGGACCUCUACAAGGGCCGGCAGCUGCCGGGUUGUCCUGGAGCCAAAAAAAAUGAGUUUCUCACGAGCGUCCUGGACGCGCUGUCCACCGACAUGGUCCACGCUGUGUCCGGCCCCUCCUCCCCCGGCAGGCUUUCCGAACCCGACCCCAGCCACACGCUGGAGGAGAGAGUGGUCCACUGGUAUUUCAAACUGCUGGACAAAAACUCCAGCGGGGACAUCGGUAAGAAGGAGAUGAAGCCCUUCAAGAGGUUCCUUCGGAAAAAGUCCAAACCCAAGAAGUGUGUGAAGAGGUUCGUGGAGUACUGCGACACCAGCAAGGACAAGGCCCUGUCGCUGAGCGAGCUGAUGGGCUGCCUGGACGUCACCAAGGAGGAACACAGGGCCAGCGGCAGGAAGCGGCACACCCCGAAAGGCAGCACAGAGAGCGCGGCUCGUAGACAGCAGAGGAACCAAGGAUAAGUGACCGCAGCCGAGGCGCCGCUGGACGCGUGGGACACCCCUCACCAAAACGCAAUUAAAAACACAGAAACAAAACACAUAGUAUUUUGCACUUUGUACUUUACAUGUAAAUUCACUCUGUAGAAACGAGAUAUUUAAACAAACUGCUUUAAUCUGUGAAGGGGGGGCUCCGGCAGAUCCGUCGCGUACCAAGUGUGUGACCCCUUUGACCUCGGACGUCUGCACCGGCGGCGCUGUCCCGGGCGGGUCCCAGCUCGCUCUCUGCCUGCGUGUGUCCCGCAGAGGUCGCGGCCUGGGGCUCCAGCCCGUGCCUCCUCCCUGGCCCCCUCCCCGCACAGCCCCCUGGGGUCCCUCUGGGAGCGCUGUGCCCCCCGUCCACACGAGAG